AGUGGUGGUGGAGCAUGCGCGGGUGGGAGUGGCACCUUAUUCGUCGUACCGCUCCCGCCAAGGGUUUCUGUCAACUACGAACUGCCGAUGGUAAAGGUACUCGGGUAAAUCUGCGACGACGAGGCCGGUGUUCCGUGUUCGUUCUUCGUUGCCACCAGGCGAAUUCACGGUGUCACGCGUGUUCGCAGAAACCCGACUUCCGUUCCUCUUGAACAUGACGCGGAGACAAGUGACCAUCGCUUAGUUGUGACUUGUUUUUUUUUUUUCCAUUAACUUUAAAAACAAAGAAUAUUACAAGACAGUGACACGUAACUUUCGCGGGACCAUCCGUCGAGUUGAGAGAUUCGAUCGCGAUCGCCGAAGAAGUCGAUGAGAGGUGUGUUUGAAAGUGAUAGUGCGCACGCCAGGAUACAUUUGAGGAACCACUGAAAAAGGAUACAGUGACGACUAACGAAUCCGAGAAAUGUGUGAAUUAGAACGAUAAUCGAGCGCGAUGCAAGGAGUCGCGCUUGCGACGGGCGUACGUCGCGGUGGGAGAAAAUAAAGGUGGACAAUUGCGAUCGCGGCACGUGGCCAAAAGUGUCACGUGGAUGCAUCGCCCGUUCGUGUCGGGACCCGUUUCCGCUCGCGAGAAUUUGCAAACGUCAGAAGGAAUUUUCCCGAUUCGCGGGGGAAAAAAAGAGAUCGCGAGACUGGAAAAAAAUCACGAGGAAUCCAUCGAACCGCGAAAUAAACGCGAAAAAACUGGAAAUUCACGCUCGCUGCUUUCUGCUUUUUUCCCCUCUCGCUGCGCAACGAAGAAAAGAAUGAAAAAGGAUCCAGACGCGAAGUGAUUCGGCCGGUAACCGGAUGAGAUUUGCAAAACGAACUGGUGUUUUGCGCCACUCUCUCGCGUAAGGCUUUCGCUUUGACAUAACUAACGUUGUCGAGUCGCGGUCGGUUAAUCAACGACGAGGAGUCGCCGAUGAGGGAAAGGCGAAUCAGUUUGUUUCCGCUUUCGAGCCCUCAUCCGACUUCGGAGGGAAGGAAUCCGGCCUAUACGAGGCCUAUAAGCUCCUCGAAACGCAUCGACGCUCACGUCUCGCGAUGUGUAAUCAUUUUUCAUGCGUUAAUUAGCGAGAAUCUGGGAAAACGGAGGGAGCAGCGUUAAUGCGCGCGUUGUGAAAGAGGGUCGUUCUGUUCGAGAGAGGAACGAAGGGACGAGUUUUGCGAGGGAGUGAUAUCCGUUUGACGGGGAAAUAUACGGGUGGUGUGCUCGGUAGCGCGGUGCGCACCUGAGCAACAUCGGGUGCGCAAAAAAAAAAAAAAAACAAAAAAACAAAAAACAAAAAGAAAGGGAGAGAAAAAAAGGAAACGGAAGAGACGCCCUCGCGUAAAAAGUUCACGAAAGCGCCCGAGGGAGAGUGUCCGGGGGAAGUUGCGGGAGACAAAAAACAUUAACGGGACAACGUUUACGGCGGAAAUAGCGGCCACCGUCUAACAACUGACGAUAAAAGGAUCGUUAAGCCCCAAGAAGACCUCCGCGGAAUGACCCAAGUAAAGCGGAGCAAUAGCGAAACUACUUUCGUGCGGAUAUACGAAAGCUAAGUGCGCUUAUUGUGGUUUCCACGAAAGCACACGUGGCGGUGUCGGAAAAACGUUCCCGUUCGCGAGGAAUCGGGAGAAUCUCCUCGUUGAAGAAAUAAAUCACGAAAAGGAUAACGUCCUAACGUGAUAAUUCAAUUUUGAUUCAAUUCGCAAGUGGUACAACAGCUGUCUUCUAUGAUAUCGCGGUCAAUCAGUACUUCUAAAGGAGCAAAUUAGAAAAGCAACAUUACGACAGAAAAGUAAAUCGAGAAAGUCAUGAGAUUCCAGGCGUUCCAUUAAAUCCGAACGCAAAAUGGAAUUGUUUUCACACUAAACCGCGCGAUCGAUAUAUACAUAUAUAUGGAUUUUUCUUCUUAAAAGCACGAGGAAUCCUCCCGCGAGAAUCGAAAAGCGUGGGAGACGUCGAGUGAGAACAAAUCGACGAACGCGCAAGAAUUUCGCUGGCUCGAUCGAAAUCAACAUUCAAAUGCGGGCUCUCGACUGUCUCUAAGGUAUCGAGGAAUAUCGACACCGACGAUCUUCUCGGCGAGGUACACGUGGCGUCGUCGGAAAUCGCUGAUCGUUUCACUUCGAACACGAGGAAACGAAGAGCGCGUUGAAGUGGGCGGACUCGAUUAAACGAAAAUUCCCUGACGCGACGGCUGCAAAAUUUCGCGGUUGUAACUUCCAUUCUUUUUCUCGCGAGAGAAACGGUACAAACGGCCGCGAUUAUCCUCCCCCUGUGAUCCCACGCGGCACCGCCCCGCACAAAUGUCAAGUGAACGAUGAAGUACCCGAGAGUGCAGACGAGGAAGAAGUGGGACGCCACUUCGCUCGACGGCGAAUCGUGCUCCAGGUGCGGCAAGUGUCUGACUAAAAUGCAGCUCGUACUACUGUCCGCACUAUUCUGCUCUUCUCUGACGACAGGUGCCGGGCUAGAGAUACGAAAGCUGGAUGUACCCAGUAUCGCCGAUCCAAGGUGGCACAGGGUAUUACUCAAAUGUGAGUAUGAUCUCGGUGGCAAGGAACUGUAUUCGGUAACGUGGAACAAAGACGGCCAGGAGAUCUUCAGAUUCAUGCCGGGAUCAUCGACGCCUAAGCGACCUCAAAAUAUCAGCGGAUUAUAUAUUGACCUCGACCAAAGUGACCACAAACAAGUGACACUUUUGGGCCCAAACACUGGUAAAGGUAAAGUUGACUUGACGGGGUCUUACGGCUGCGAGGUGUCAUCCGAAGCGCCGAGUUUUGAGACAGAUUACAGAGAGGCAAACAUGAGCGUGGCUGUACCCCCUCAAAGUUCUCCGAUACUCGAGGGGAUGCGACCUUCUUACGAAAUCGGCGAGAUCCUCCAAGCGGAGUGCACGUCAGGGUUAAGUUACCCCCCGGCAGUUUUAACGUUCAUCUUGAACGGUAAAGAGGUAAACAGAGCCUUAACUAAAGACUUGCGAGGAAUUGGCAACAUAGACGGAAAGCUGAUCUCUACGACGCGGUUGGGUCUGAUAAUGCGCUUGGAACGGCAUCAUUUUUCCAGCGGCAGUUUGAAACUAACUUGUCAAUCGACUCUACCAGGAAUCGCUGAUGACAAGCCUCUCAAGACCAUGGAGAUUGCCACUCUCGCCGCUAGCAACCAACGUCUCGCCCAAGAACCCCCUAAAUCAGGUUCAAGGUCGAAUAUCGAGCUCUACCCGAUUCUGACUUGCUGGACAAUGACCAUGAUUCACGUGAUUCGUUACAACAGUCUCAGAUUUCUGCGCGUUUAAUGUCGGCGUGAUAUUUCGAUCAAUGGCAUCGCGCGAUACCGUUCAAGUACUAAUUAGUGUAUACGUCUCUACGCAUUCUCGCGAUCAGGAAAAACAUCGCGCAUCGUCAUCGGCUUCUCUCUACAUCUACAUGUCAAUCGAGAGCGAUGCAUACUUUAGUGCGUCCCGAAUUUUCGCGCAAUCCAUACACGUUUGCUCGCAUGUGUACACAAUGUUUAGAGCACCCCGUAUAUUAUAUAUAAGUCAGAGAUAGCAAUACAACUCUGCGUAAAAUAGGUCGCAGCGGCGAGCGCAUGAUGAUUGUACAUAGUGUAUAAUUGUGAAUUAGCAUUACAACAAAUUGUCGUGUAUAAUUAACUGGACGGAAGGACUCUGCGGGGAUGAUGAAGGGAACACGAUGAAAGUAACAUGGAAAUAUAUCGGAAUUCACGGGGACGCGCGCGACCUCGCGAGCAACUUCUUCGAGGGAAAAAUAACGCGGCUGGAACGUCGCAUUCGAGAGAAAUAUAUAUCUAUCAUUUGUCAGACCAGAAAUAUAGUUUAAGAAAUAUAAAUGUAUACGGGUCGUAAUGUUAAGUACGACUCGACAUCGGCGUAUGUAGUGUAAGUAUGUGGUUAAUUCGACUAUAUUCUCCACAUCCGAUCUUCCUCAAACCACGAGGCAUACGGGAGUUCUACGUGUGAAAUAAGAGAUACGACGCUUUUGUUCAGCAAUUUUACACGAUCCAAAUCGUCGUUAUCGAAGCGA